AUGGUGGCUAAGGAGUAUGGCAAAUGCAACCAGGAGUUGGACUCUGUCGAGGGCACAGGGAAACAUGCGUCGACCCUGGGAGGAGCGACUUUCGAGAGACUAUUGAUCAUGGCGCAGCAGGCACUCAGCUUUUUGAGCUGGUUGGGCCACAACCCAAAUUCUACACCAUUAGAUGUGCCCAGCAAUGAGGAUGUGAAAGACACUUCAAGCAUCUGUACACCAACAUCUCCUGGACGCCAAACCGAGCUCUACCAGUUCGCAAUUGAUGACAUUGAAGGAGUCGAAUCUCCCAACCUGGGCCUUCUGUCCAAUAUCCUGAUUGUCGGAUGUGCAUUUGUUUAUGUCUGCAUCUGGGUAUAUGAUGGAAUCUGGAAAUUCUGUGCCGUGGAAGUACAAAUUGAACCGCGCAGUGAGGAGCACGAACAUCUAACCACCUUUCUUGAAUCCUGGGUUACUGGGUGCCUGUCUCGGAGGGUUAGAAGUGAGGAAUGGAGUGAAGAGGACGCGCCCGAGAAGACAGAGUGGGACUGGAAAACCAUUGGAGCAUUGCGGCAUUAUCGAUUUCGACCCAACAAAACUUGUUUGUUCCUAUUCAGAGGCUCAAUAUUUCAGUUUCAACGGACAGAAAGAAGCUUUGAGUUUCACUCUGAGGAGUGCUACACCAUGCGAGUUUUAGGCUGGUCCUGCAAGCCAAUUGAAAGAUUACUUGCAAAAGCCAGGUCACUUCACACCUCCAAGAACAAAUCCCACAUUACAAUUUUCAGCCCAGAAGGGGAGCGUGCCCGUCGGACUAAGAUACCAUGGCAACCUGUCAAAAGCACCCGCCGUCGGUCGCUUGAAAGUAUCUCCCUGGCAGAGGGACAAAAGGAAGAAGUUUGCAAUGACAUGUGCAAGUUCUUGAAGGCUCAGCGAGUAUAUGCGAAAACAGAAAGACCAUACCGCCGAGGUUACCUAUUUAGUGGACCCCCUGGGACUGGGAAAACUAGCCUUGUGCAAGCUUUGGCAGGCAAAUAUGGUCUGGAUAUUUACAUGUUGAGCUUGACAGGCCAAAACAUGACUGAUGAAGAACUCCAGUGGCUCUGUAGCCAUCUACCACGUCAUUGUGUCCUCCUCAUUGAGGAUAUCGACAGUGCCGGAAUCAACCGUGAGAAAAUGCGAGCCAUACAGGAGGACGGCGCGAGGCAAAACAACCAAGUAUCACUCUCCGGCCUCUUGAACGCGAUCGACGGCGUCUCAUCAUCCGACGGGAGAAUCUUGGUCAUGACCACAAACUGCCGAGAUCAACUUGAUGCGGCCCUUAUCCGCCCGGGACGCGUGGACAGGGAAGUGAAAUUUACACUGGCGGCAAAGUAG